GUGACAACCGAAACAACUUUUUCUGUCAUCAUGGAAAUUACUACACCCAUUAUUGAAAUUAUAAAUAUAACUACUGAAACGGCAGAAACUAUUACUACUGAAACUACAGAAACCACUGAAUCUGUAAUUAUAACAACUAAAACAACGGAAACUACAUUCCAUGUUAUUGAAGUUACGAAUAUAACCAUAGAAACUCCAUUUAUUACGACAGAAACAACGGAGACUACAACGAAGUAUCCAAUUGUUACGAUAGAAACUACUCCAUUUAUUGUGAUAAAUGAAACAACAGAAACUACAUUACAUAUUAUUGAAGUUACGAAUAUAACUAUAGAAACUCCAUUUAUUACCACAGAAACAAUAGAGACUACAACAAAGUAUCCAAUUGUUACGAUAGAAAUUACUCCAUUUAUUGUGACAACUGAAACAACUACAUUACAUAUUAUUGAAGUUACGAAUAUAACUAUAGAAACUCCAACACCUACAGAAACGCCAGAAACUACAAUUGAAUAUCCAACAGUUCUCAUAACAACUGAAACAACUUCUUCUGUUUUAGUAGAAAUAACUACACCUAUUAUAGAACUUAUAAAUGUGACUACCAUAACUCCAUACAUUACUACUAAAACCAUAGAAACCACUACUGAAUUAAUAGUUACUACUGUAGAAUAUCCUAUUAUAAUUACUACACCAACGAUAAUGCCUUGGGAAAUUACCACUCCUUAUCCUGUAAUCGAAACAGUUACCACAACUGUCACUCCAGAAACCACAACUGAAAUAACUGAAGUAACAGAAUAUGAAGAAUAUGAAGAAUAUGAAGAAGAAGAAACAGUCAGUCCAGAUUGGGAAGAAUAUGUGGAGGAAACAACAGAAACUACAACAAAAUAUCCAAUUGUUACUAUAGAAACUACUACAUUUAUUGUAACAACUAAAACAACAGAAACUACAACGAAAUAUCCUGUUGUUACUAUAGAAACUACUGAAUCUAUAAUCACGACACCGACACCACCAAUCGAGACUACCACGAAAGAAGUUAUUAAAGUAGAAGUAACAAUACCUAAAAUAGAUGUUAACAUAACUACUCCUUUCAUACCGAUUCCUGAAAUCGUUUCUACUUCACCAUUAUUUACAACAUUCACAUAUACUUUAGCACCUACUUUGGAAUUUACUACGGAAUCUUUGCCUUUCGAAUAUGAAGAUAAUAUUACUGAUAUAACUUUUACUCCUUUUAUACCUCCACCUACUACAAAACCGAUUAUAAUUACUCCUUUAAUUAUAACUCCGAUUAUAACAUUAACUACUCCGAUUAUAACAUUAACUACUCCGACUAUAAUGUUAGUUACUCCAAUUAUAACGUUAACUACUCCGACUAUAACGUUAACUACUCCGACUAUAACGUUAACUACUCCGACUAUAACGUUAACCACUCCGACUAUAACGUUAACUACUCCAACUAUAACAUUAACUACUCCGACUAUAACAUUAACUACUCCGACUAUAACAUUAACUACUCCGACUAUAACGUUAACUACUCCGAUUAUAACAUUAACUACUUCGACUAUAAUUACUCCAGAGAAAAUCAUUCCCAAAAUCACUCCCGUACCAGCCAUAGUCGAAUUUACACCCAUCACAGAUGACAGUCAAAAGCAUACCCGCAAUCUUGAAUUGAUGGAACAAUUGGAAAGAAAACUGAAGGAAAUGGAUGAGAAGAUGAAAGAUAUUGAAAGAAAAGAGAUAGAAUUAGAUAAAGAAGAAGAAGAAUGGCAGAAUCGUAAAGCGAAAAUAAUAAGCGAUCUAUUACAAAGACAAAAAAUGAUGAAGGCUUAUGUUGCCACUAAAGCAAUAGAAGCUUUACACGAAAUAACACAAACGACUAUCGGUGAGCAUGCGAUAGAUAUUGAUACGACAAGACCUAAAAUGAAAAUGAUAACUCUUUCUCCCUUCUUGACGACCGAUGCAUUUGAGAAAAGGCUUAGAAUGUUAGAGAUAGAGUUUUGGGAGAGAGAAAAAUGGAUAAAGGAGCUAGAGAGGAGAUUACUGGAAAGAGAAAAGAGAUUCAAGAAAGAUCAGGAAGAUUUUGAAAAAUUAGUGAGAGAAAUGGAAGAAACGUUGAAGAAAGGAAAAGAAAUAUCAUGGCCCCCUAAGACUUCUGAACCAACAGAAACAAUACGAGAUUGUUGUUUGCGUACGACGCCACUUUUCUCGCCACUUCCACCUACGGAAAGGACAACGAUUGAUAUUCGAGAACCAACUAUUACACCUAAAAAAGACACUACUAUAAGAACUACUAUCACUGAGGAAGAGAAAGAAAUAGAGAAAGAAACAGUGACCAAAGAAACAGUAACUGAAGAAACAGUAGAAAGAUUGACACCGAAAAGAUUUGUGACAACGAAGAAGUGUGUUUUAAGAUCAAAAGUUGUUGGUAAAGACAUGGUGACCGAACGAGUUUGCGUACCAUACAUUUUAAGUAAGGAAGAAGAGGGGAAAACGAAAAUUGCCACGUUGCAUCUUGAAGAACAUGAAUGGACAGAAGGCCCAUUUGUAACGGAUUAUAUGACACCGCAGACAGAAACUGAGGAAUACGAGAAUGAAAAUAAAGAAUCGAUCGAACAGAAUCGAAUUAAGCGAAAUAUUGGCAAGGAAAAUGCUGUUUGCCCCAAUUAUCAACUAUACAAUUUUACCAAUUGUUAUAAAAUAACGACGAGACGAAUACGAUACAUUCGAAGUAAGAAAGAUGGAAACACAAAAAUUGUCGUAUUGCAUCUUGAAGAGCACGAAUGGACUGAAGGUCCAUUUACAACAAAUUAUAUGACACCGCAAACAGAAAUCGAAGAAGUUGAUCGUGAAGAAAUAAUGGAGCGCGAACGAUUUAAGCCAGAUAUAGACGAGAAAAAAACUGUUUGUCCUGAUUAUCCAUUGUACAAAAUUACUGACGAUAAGAUGAAGACAACCCAAACACCAAGUAAAGACGAAGAAGAAAAAACAAAACUUUUUGCAUUGCGUCUUAAGGAGCAUGAGUGGAUGGAAGGUCCGUUUACAACGGAUUAUGUGACACCGCAGACGGAAAUCGAAGAGAACAAGAAUGAAAAUAAAAGAUCGAUCGAGCGGAAUCGAUUUAAGCAAAACAUUAAUGAACAAAAUGCUGUUUGCCCUAAUUAUCAAUUGUAUAAUGUUACCGGUUAUAAAAUGACGACAAAUCAUUUAUUAAUUGACGAAUCAUUUUGUAAAUAUGCAAAUUGUAAUUUUCAGUUAACAAAGAGUUUAACGAUCACUGAAGCAUCGAGAAUCAAAUCUACGGGAAAAAUGAAUUGGAAAAUUGAUAAUAAUAGGUAUAAAGUUCGAUCGAUGUUGCAAAUUAUUGAAGAUGAAGAAGUAGAAAAUGAUAAUGAGACAAUAAUGAAACAAAAUGAAUGGAAUAAUGGAAUUUAUGAUUAUGAGAAUCAAAUUGAAAGAAAUCUAAGGCAAGAAGAGGUUACAGAACCAUGGGAAAAUCAAGAUAAUGAUGAAUAUGAAAGCAAAGAAAAUGAUGAAUAUAAAGAAGAAGAAACUACGGUACCAAAAGAAGAAGUAAUUGAAACACCAAUGAUAUAUACACCAGAGGAAGAAAAACCAAAACCCAAGAAAAUUCACGAAGAUGAAGAAGAAGAAGAAACAACUGAAGAAGAAAAAACCAGACAACCACCUGGACCAGAAUGGCCAACAGAACCUUUAACCAAUUAUCAUGUGGGUGGUACUAGGACUUGGACGUUAGAAUAUCCAGAAGAGAAGCCACGCAAGCCAGAAGAUGAAGAAGAAGAGGAUUUUAAAAGGGUCGGCAAACGGCCGGAAAAAACAACUUGUUACUAUGUUGUUCUUACUAAAGAUAAGAAAAGACGUGAAAUAGAAAAUAUGAGCAAAAAGUGGAUAUAUGAUUUUAACGAUCUAAACUUUAUGCAUUUAAUACUAGUAGAAACUUGUAUGUGGGUAUUUUAUUGUGUAGAGGAAAAUAGUACUUCAUUAACCCUUACAUUUAAUUCACAUGAUAAAACGCCAACAGCUUAA